CGGAGCGUGACGAGCGCUUUCCCUUCGACAGCGACAUAGUGGUGAAUUAUAUCGAAAAUAAGUAAUAAAUAAAAACAAAAUGACAGAAUAUUCGAGUGUUCGUCUAGGAAGAUUGAAGUUUAAAGGCGAUAAAAAGAAGAAGAAGAAUAAAAAAGCCAAAUCGAAACGAGAGGAAGAAAAAAGAAAUAAUCAGAUCGAUGAAGAAGAUAUCUCUUCGCACGGUGGUUGGUGGCCCGUGAAGACGUUUGACGAUUUUACAGGAGCAGUUGCAAUCGAGUUGUCUCCUCACUGUUACAUUAAAGCAUUAGACAAUGGUUUAUUUGUACUCGGUGGUCCUCACGUUGGAGGUGAAGGUCCUUCUCCCGAAGAAAUUUUAACAGCUAUCAGAUUAUCAGAUACAAAAGUCGCAUUAAAAUCCGGUUACGGCAAAUAUUUAGGUGUAUCUGUCGAUGGUAUAGUCAUGGGACGAUCUGACGCUAUUGGAGGCUUGGAACAAUGGGAACCUGUAUUUCAGGAUGACAAAUUGGCAAUUCUCGGUUCCAAUGAUUGUUUUAUUUCUGUAAACGAAGAAGGUGAUAUUGUAGCUACAAAUAAAAAAGUGACAGAAAAUGAAAUUUUACAGGUUCGUUCCAUUGCAUUUAAGGAUAAUACCGAAGGUGACAACAGGCCCGACGAGGAGAAAGGAACGUUACAGGAAUGCGAAGUAAACUAUGUGAAAAAGUUUCAAAGUUUCCAAGAUAAGAAAAUUAAAAUUAGUAAAGAAGACAGGAAAAAUUUAAAGAGAGCAAGAGAAGAGGGAAAUCUUCACGAAAUAUUACUGGACAGAAGAGCAAAAAUGAAGUCAGAUAAAUUUUGUAAAUAAAUCAUCAAAAGAAAGAUUUAAUUUCAUCUCAGCAGUAAUUGUAAUUCUAAUAUAAUAAUUAAGGUUUUUAAUAAAAAAAAAAAAA